GGAGUUUCAGUUGUGAAAGUAUAAAUUCUGUGGGGGAAAAUAGAGGUUUGCAUAAAUAUAUAUUUAAUAAUUAGCUACCUUUGUAAAUUAAUACCGCAAGAUGAGUUUCCAUUCGGUGGUCACAAUGGAGAAGCCACUGCAGCAUAUAUCGCUGUCAGACUGGCAUGCUCGUCUAAGUCGCCUGCGUAACGUGGCGGAUGCUCGUCGCGCAGAUGCUUUUGCCAUACGCCAUGCAUCACGAAUGCUGCGCAACGAGACGCGCAUAGAGGGAGAUUGGGCGAAUUAUGAGACUAACGAAGCGUUGACUGAUCGCAUUGCGGAGCUAAAUCGCUGGCGUGAGGUCAUCGCGAAAACAUUUGAGCGCAUUGAGCGUGAGAUUUACAUGCUGCAGGAAGAGAAGAAUGCAACAGAGCGAGAGCUAGAAACGCUAGCUGGUCCCAUUUCGGUUAUAGGCGAGGUGUUGACUAUGCGUGAUGGACGUCUUGGCUCGGAGAUGACAUACGAUGAGGCGGACACCGAAAUAAAAAAUGAGUUAUGCAUACUCGAGAACAAUCAGCGUCUGCUGGCGGAUCGUUGUCAAAAAGCUUGGGAGAAGCUGACUCGUUUGGAAGAAGUGCGUUUCAAGAUUGGCCUGGAGAUUGAGAAUAAGCUAGAGGCAGUGGAUCUUGACAAUUCGCAGUUGGCGCUAGAUCGCAAUGCAGCUAACAUAUCCUACAAGCCUGAUCCCAUGCGCAAUCCGAAAAACUGCUGUUCCUAUGAGACCUGGCUGGAGCAUGUGAAGAAUAUGAAGCAAAUGGCUGAGAAUGAGCUGGCCGAUACAUAUGCCAUACGUGAGGCACUCUUUGUGUGUCGCGAGAAGGCGCGCAAUAUGUUGCAAGCGCAGCAAGAGCGUGCCGAGCAUACCAUACGCAAGCGUGUUUUUGAGACUCAGCGCGCACGCAACGAGCUUGAGUGGCAGAAGCUCAAGAUGAAGGAUGAGAUGGAGAGUGCUGUGUGUGAGCUGAAGAAUCUGGAGGAUGCACUGCGUGACAAGACCGAUGCGUUGAAGCUGGCCGAGACGCGUCUAGAGAAUCGCGCUCAACGCUCGGGCAUGGAAUUGUGUCUGGAUCAGGCACACGACAUGCUCUGCCAAGAGGUGGAGAAAUUGCGCGAAAUACGCCGUCUUCUUAUGGCCAAAAUCGAUGACUCCAAGGCCAACUUCAAUCUGCUUUCGGAUCAUGCUCAAAAAAUUGAUGUGGAUUUGCUGAACAAGGAGCAUUCACUCAUGACAGAUUUGCGUGCCAUAGAUUUGCGCCAACGUCUUAAGGGCGGCGAGUUUGGAUUGAAGGUUAUCAACCCAAGCGCACAGACCGAUCGCAACAUUGUGCUCACACGUAUGGAGAAUGAGAUUCCCAAGGCUUAGUCGUACAGCGUUGCGUUGUAAUAGUUUUGUGUUUUAAUUGUCUGCUUGAACUAAAUUCUUGUGCUUCAAAAUGA